CUUGCACAUUAGAUUUCAGUUCACUUGAGACUCGACAGCGAAUAGGUUGUCGUGUUCCGUCGUACAAGAUUGAAGAAACGAAAGAAAGAGAAGGAAAAAACACGCGAGCCAAACAAACAAAUAAAUAAACGCAGCCAUUCAAACAAGACAACAAUACGCUUUAGGUCAGGCAGGUGUUCAGAGACUUACUUGGCUGCACUCGCACACACACACACACACAUUGAAGAGUUCUAAUUCUAACCAAAAACAAAAUCCCUUCCAUUAGUACAGCAUGUCUGCGAAAGCGAUCACGGAAGCCACCGGCAAGGACAUCCUCAAUCGUCAUCUCAACCAGCACGGCGCUGGCGCAGCCAAUUGCCGCUUUGCCACAGUCAAUGCUGAGACGGAUUGGUCCAAAUUGAGCAUCGAUCACCCCUGGUUGCUAACCACGCCGCUGGUGGUGAAGCCCGAUCAACUGAUUAAGCGACGUGGUAAACUCGGCCUUGUUGGUGUUAAGAAGAACUUUGAGGAGGUGAAGCAAUGGAUUGGCGAGCGUCUCAACAAGGAUCAGAAGAUUGGCAAUGCCGUGGGCAAGCUGCGCAACUUUAUAAUCGAGCCCUUUAUCGCGCACACAGAGGCCGAGGAAAUGUACGUGUGCAUCUAUUCGCAUCGCUCGGCGGACACGAUUCUGUUCUAUCAUCUGGGCGGCGUUGAUAUUGGCGAUGUGGAUGCCAAGGCAGUCAAGCUGGAUGUCAAAGUGGAUAGCACAUUGUCGCUGGCUGAUGUGAAGACAACGCUGCUGAAGGCCAUUACAGAUGCGCCCAAGAAGGAGCGCAUUGCUAAAUUUAUAUACGGAUUAUAUGCUACAUUUGCCGACCUGUAUUUCACGUAUCUUGAGAUCAAUCCUCUCGUGGUGACGGCCGAUAAUUUGUACAUAUUGGAUUUGGCAGCCAAGCUGGACUCGACUGCUGAUUUCAUAUGCCGUCCAAAGUGGGGCGACAUUGAUUAUCCGCCCCCAUUCGGACGCGAUGCCUAUCCCGAGGAGGCGUAUAUUGCUGAUCUAGAUGCUAAGAGCGGUGCAUCGCUCAAGUUGACGAUCUUAAAUAGAAAUGGACGCAUUUGGACUAUGGUAGCUGGCGGCGGAGCUAGUGUCAUUUACUCUGAUACCAUUUGCGAUCUCGGUGGUGCCUCUGAGCUGGCCAACUACGGCGAGUAUAGCGGUGCACCAUCAGAACAGCAAACGUACGAGUACGCCAAGACAAUACUUAACCUGAUGACCUCCUCACCGAAACAUCCCGAUGGCAAGGUGUUGAUAACAGGUGGUGGCAUUGCUAACUUUACGAAUGUUGCAGCGACCUUCCAAGGCAUCAUCACCGCCCUACGCGAAUUCCAGCCCAAGCUGAUCGAACACAAUGUCUCGAUCUUUGUACGCCGUGCCGGACCCAACUAUCAGGAGGGCUUGCGUCGUAUGCGCGACUUUGGCAGCACCUUGGGCAUACCGUUGCAUGUCUUUGGUCCCGAGACCCACAUGACCGCCAUUUGUGGCAUGGCAUUGGGCAAGCGACCCAUUCCACAGGUGGCCAGCGUUGAGUUUUCUACUGCUAAUUUCCUGCUGCCUGGCGGACAGCAGGCACAGGCCGAUCUAAAGGAAGCCAAUGAAGCAGCAGGGCUUGGCUCUGCCUUGCGCUCGACAACAGCACAAUCGAUUAAACUACCACCUAUCUCAGCAGAUGAGAGCGAUGGCCUCGCCACCAAUAAUCACCAGCAGGGCCAGAGUAACGGAGCGAACUCUAAUUUCAAUAGAAAGUUCUUCUCCAACACAACCAAAGCGAUUGUCUGGGGCAUGCAGCAGCGUGCUGUACAAUCGAUGCUCGAUUUCGAUUUUAUAUGCAGGCGCGAUGAGCCUUCCGUGGUGGCCAUGGUGUACCCCUUUACGGGCGAUCACAAGCAGAAGUACUACUGGGGCCACAAGGAGAUACUGAUACCCGUUUACAAGAAGAUGUCCGAUGCCAUACAUAAGCACAAGGAGGUCGAUGUUAUGGUCAACUUUGCCUCGCUACGUUCGGCCUAUGAUUCAACGUUGGAGGUACUGGAAUUCCCACAGAUACGCACAGUGGCCAUCAUUGCUGAGGGCAUACCUGAGAAUAUGACACGCAAACUUAUCGUUGAAGCCAACAAGAAGGGUGUAGCCAUCAUUGGACCUGCCACUGUGGGCGGAGUGAAGCCUGGAUGUUUCAAGAUUGGCAAUACAGGUGGCAUGUUGGAUAAUAUACUACACUCAAAACUCUAUCGUCCAGGCAGUGUGGCUUACGUCUCCCGUUCGGGUGGCAUGUCCAAUGAGCUAAACAAUAUCAUCUCGAAAGCUACAGAUGGCGUCAUCGAAGGCAUUGCCAUUGGUGGCGACAGAUAUCCCGGUUCCACAUUCAUGGAUCACAUACUCCGUUAUCAGUCCGAUCCAGAGACAAAGCUCCUUGUGCUGUUGGGCGAAGUAGGCGGCACCGAGGAGUAUGAUGUGUGCGCUGCUAUCAAGGAUGGACGCAUUACAAAGCCGUUGGUGGCAUGGUGCAUUGGCACUUGCGCUAGCAUGUUCACCUCGGAGGUGCAGUUCGGUCAUGCUGGCUCAUGUGCGAAUUCAGAUCGCGAAACGGCCACGGCAAAGAAUAAGGCGUUGCGGGACGCUGGUGCUUACGUACCGGACUCGUUUGACACACUCGGCGAGCUAAUACACCAUGUAUACGGCGAACUGGUGAAGACCGGACGGAUUGUGCCACGCGAAGAGGUGCCGCCACCAACGGUGCCCAUGGACUACUCGUGGGCACGUGAGCUGGGUCUCAUUCGCAAGCCAGCUUCGUUUAUGACCUCAAUUUGUGAUGAGCGUGGCCAGGAGCUGAUUUACGCGGGCAUGCCAAUUAGUGAAGUUCUCAACAAAGAUGUCGGCAUUGGAGGCGUUAUUUCGUUGCUUUGGUUCCAGCGCUGUCUGCCUCCUUACGUGUGCAAGUUCUUUGAGAUGUGCCUCAUGGUCACGGCUGAUCAUGGACCGGCUGUUUCUGGCGCUCACAAUACUAUUGUAUGCGCACGUGCUGGCAAGGAUCUGGUCUCCUCCGUUGUUAGCGGUCUGCUGACAAUUGGUGAUCGUUUUGGUGGCGCUCUCGAUGGUUCGGCCAGACAGUUCUCAGAGGCCUACGAUACCAAUUUGCACCCGAUGGAGUUUGUCAACAAGAUGCGUAAGGAGGGUAAACUCAUCUUGGGCAUUGGACACCGCGUCAAGUCCAUUAACAAUCCCGAUGUGCGUGUCAAGAUCAUCAAGGAAUUCGUGAUGGAGAACUUCCCACAAUGUCCGCUGCUUAAGUAUGCGCUGGAAGUGGAGAAGAUCACAACUAAUAAGAAACCAAAUUUAAUUCUGAAUGUGGAUGGUGUAAUUGCCACCGCUUUUGUUGACAUGCUGCGAAACAGUGGCUCAUUUACCAGCGAGGAGGCGCAGGAGUACAUUAAUGUGGGUGCCAUCAAUUCACUAUUUGUGCUUGGCCGCAGCAUAGGAUUUAUUGGACAUUAUAUGGAUCAGAAGAGGCUCAAGCAGGGACUCUACCGUCAUCCAUGGGACGACAUCUCCUAUGUUAUACCCGAGCAAUACAACUAAGAGCUUGUCCAUUGAUAUUAUAAAUUGUUGGAUGUUGUUGUAGUUAAGCACAGAUGUUAACCAACUGCUAGUGGCGAGCAUGGAUGACCGUACGGUCCAGAAUCACAGAACACUCCAUUAGCUGUGUAGUUGAAUUUCAGUUUAUCUAUAUAUAAACUUAUAUAUAGAACUGGAUCAGCUCUUACCCUAGUUAGUCUCCCACACUCUACCCCAGUUUCCCUCUAUCUAUCUCUUAGUUAAAUACAAUACAUAUAUGUUUACAGUUUCAUAACUAAGCCUGCAUUUACAUUCAUACUAUUUACCAGCAUAAAGUUAUUAAGUUACGUCUUAUUUCUUAUUGACGCUCCUCUAGACUAUAGCCGGGUUUUUGGAAACUAAAAACAAACAAAAAACAAAAUCUAAAUCUAACAAAAAAUUAGUGAAAUCUUGAGCAGCAAAACAACGACAAUUGUCAUUAUUAUUUGAUA